GAUCAUGUUAAGACAGGUAGUUGGUCAGUGGCUUCGGUGCAGGACGGAAUAACAUGACAGUUGUCGAUCGAAAGCCGCGAGUUGCCAUCGUAGGGGGUGGUUUGGUCGGAGCACUAGCUGCUUGUUUCUUCGCGAAGAGAGGACUCUCCGUGAGUGUCUAUGAAUAUCGUGCAGACAUCAGGCAAGAGGAUUACAGAGGACAGAGCAUUGACUUAGCUUUGUCAGCUAGGGGACGCGCAGCUUUAAAGGCAGUUGGUCUCGAAAAAGCUAUAGUGGAUAAUCAUGGAAUCGCCAUGCGAGGAAGAAUGGUUCACAACAGAGAUGGUACCUUGAAGGAAAUCAUUUAUGACAGCGUAAAAGGCAAUUGUAUCUAUUCCGUGAGUAGACGAUAUUUGAAUGUGGUUCUAUUGAAUGCUGCGGAAAAGUAUUCUGAUGUGUGUCUCCAUUUUAACAAGAAAUUAAUAGACGCCGACCUUGAUAAUGGACGAAUGAAAAUUUACGACACAAAAACCGAAAUGAUAGAAGAAAUAGAAUCGGAUUUAAUAAUUGGCGCAGAUGGCGCGUACUCGACGAUCAGAAAGAUGAUGAUGAAGAGACCGCUUUUCAAUUGUAAUCAAACCUACAUAGAACACGGUUACGUGGAACUGUUCGUUCCUGCUGGUAAAGAUAAUAAGUUUUCGAUGAGCGGCCAUCAUCUUCACAUAUGGCCGCGAGGGGAGUUUAUGAUGAUCGCUCUCCCGAACGAAGAUUGCACCUUCACCGGAAAUAUAUUCGCACCUUUCGCUACUCUAAACAAAUUGAAGACGCCGCAGGAUCUCCUGGACUUUUAUGAGGAGCAAUUUCCUGAUCUUCUGCAUUUGAUUGGUAAACAGAAGCUGGUGAAGGAUUACUUCGAGAGGGAACCGAAAACGUUGAUAUCUAUUCAGUGCAAACCUUAUCACGUUGGGAAAACUGCUCUUCUUGUUGGUGACGCUGCACACGCUAUGGUGCCAUUUUAUGCGCAGGGAAUGAACGCUGGUUUCGAGGAUAUUUUAUUGUUGGAUGAGUUAAUGGAACGUUAUGAUUCAGACUUCAGUAAGGUUCUACCGAUGUUCACCGAACUAAGGUGCGACGACGCUCACGCGAUAUGCGAUUUAGCUAUGUACAAUUACGUUGAGAUGAGGGAUUUAGUGAACAGAAAAUCGUUCCUCUUGCGCAAACACCUGGACACGAUACUCCACCGUCAAAUGCCGAACACUUGGAUACCCUUGUACAGUACAGUACACUUUUCACGAAUGAAAUUCCGUGAUUGCAUCGCGAACAAGGAAUGGCAGGACAAGAUUUUACGUGGGAUCGUUUGGUUCACAUUCUUCAUUAUUCUUGCGAUACUGUUGGUACCAAUCAUCGGAAAAUACACCAUAAAGCGUGUCCUAUUUUAAACCUAUUAAACAGGAAUGUCUACA